AUGCAGCCCUUCGCCUUUGGCCAAACUUCAACCGAAUUCGGAAGCGACCAGCCUCCUUUCGACAUCGACACACUCGACCUUGAGGCCGAGCUAGCUGUCGAGCUUGGCAAGCUGAUCGCGAACGACCACGACCCAGAGCUCUACCACGUCCCGCCAACGCUCCACCAGGCCGACCCCUCUCCCGCGACCUCAGUCGUCGACAUCUAUAACUACGGCCUGCCCACCGCCACCACCAUCGCCGCACCCUCUCCAUCUCCGCCCAUGUUCUGGGAUGUCCUCUCGUCCUCUUCUUAUUCAUCGCCGGCCCUCUCGUCGCCUGUCCCUCAGUCCCCCAUCUCCACGCCGCAGCCCACCAUCACCGUGACCUCGCCAACCUCGGCACCGGCAGCGGCGGCUCAGGCGGAGGUGGAGGUGGAGGCGGAGGCGUUGGUCUACUACUUCUCUCUCCUGCCGGAGAAGGCCAAGACCAUCUGGGUCGUCUUCUUCCACUCACGCCUGCACUCCCUCGCUGACUUUCUCCUCUGCCUUACCAACGCCGACACCACCGCCAUCAACAACUGCCGCGAGCUGGCCCUCGAGGCCAACACCGCCCUCUCGUGGACCGCGACCGACCCCUUGGGCGGGCAGCCGCUGUACCAGCACAAGGUGGCCUUCAACUGCCCCAACACCACCUUCGAACGCGCCAUGUUCCGGGCCAGGCUCGUCAACAAGGCCUCGGGGCUGGCGCUCGACCUGGGGCCGUUCUCGAUUGUGAGCACCACCUCGCAGCGCACGGAUGCGCUGGCCCGGCUCGAGCAGCGGGUGACGCGCGGGUCGCAUCAGCGGCUCAUCGUCAACUUCAAGAACCAUCCUUCCUCCAAACGCCAUCACAUUAACGGCAAGGGCGGCAAGCAGCGCAAUCUGCGCGGCCUUCGCUUCCUCUACGACGAGCUGGACAAGGCCGUGCAGAUGGCGAGGAUGUAG